UGGGCGGGUAAACAGCAAGGAUGAAUCAUCAUCAACCUUGUGCUGAACUGUGGUGGGGAGAUACUUGAUACAACUCCACACUCUCCACAGCAUGUUGCAGUGUUGCAUUCAUUCUGUCACAUAUGACUGUAAAUAUCUCAAUCAUGAAAAUAUAUAAUAUUCAUAUGAUCUCUUCUGCAAAUCACUGUAGAAUCAACUACAGUGGUAAUAUAAUCAAAUUCCAUUGAUUAGUUGCGACAAACUUUUACUACCAAUAAAAUUAAGCAAAACGUAGCAACAUGCUUCCAAAAAGGAAAGUAGAUCCAGAACUGGAGAAGCUGAGAAAUGAAGUGGAUGGACCACCAAACUUAGAUACAAUUAUUGUGAAUAUUCAGAGAAAAUUAUCACGCAUUCACGCUGCAUACUUAUUUGAACAUAUUGGCAAAGCUACGCUGCAGAAAUUAUGCUUGCUGCUGAGCUCCACAGCAUCAGGAAAGAUGUAUGAUGGGUGGCAGGAGUUUGCAGCACACAUAGGUUUAACGAUGGAACAGAUACGCUGUAUAGAUUACGAUUUUAAAGGACUCCAGGAUCCAACAUAUUACGUACUUCUGACUUAUGUGCAAUCUCCAGAAGCAACAAUGGAUAAAAUUUUGAACGCUUUGCAAAAUAUACAACGACUCGAUAUAAUAAACCAGAUUAAGGAUUAUGUACACGAUCUAGUCAAUGUUGUGUCACAACAUGAUAUAAAUCAUGGAUCUCAAAUAAUUCGACCUGGACAUAUACCAAGAGCACCAUUAGUUCUGAGCCCUAUUUUAACAGUGGAAUGCAAAACCGAAAUGACAGAAAGCGAAUCAAUGUUUACACCACAAGAUAAUCAGCAGAAGAAGCAUGAACAAACAUAUGGCUGUAUAGUAAUGCUGACUUUUGCCGAUGACGGUUUGUCUACUGCUGAAUGCAUCACAAAAAUAUUUAGGUCCAAACAGCCACGAAUCGGCGUGCUCAUAUUGCAAGAGCAAGAGAAACACGUUUAUAGUCGAGCUGAAGAAUUCAUAGACGAUUGUUUCAAACAGGUUAAUUAUGUUAUACCAGUACUAACAAAAGGCUACAUUGAAAGAAUUAAUAAUCCAACGAAAAUCUACGAACAGAUGGACAAUUUAAAUACAAAGUAUUUAAAGUACAUAUAUUCCUUGCUGAGAUACGAAUAUGUAAGAAAUCAAUGCUGCAACAAUCGUGUAAGAUGUAUCGUGCCUGAUAAAGAUGUUUAUACGAUUGUACGAGCAAAUUUGCAUCCCACAUUAGAAGCAUGGUUUCGUGAAAGUGAUAUCGAUAAUUUUGUGAACAAUAUUCUUUUCCAUAAAAUUUGAAGACUGUGAAUACUUAGACGAAAAUAGUUUGUGAUCUACCUCUACGCCUUUGAACAUUGAUAAUACUUUUUUCAAUAAUAAUCUAAAUUAAAUUUUAAGUAUAAACCUUGUGAUUUUAGAAAAACACUUUGUCUUUCUUUACAUUAGGGAACAUUGCUCCAAUAAUCUAACAUAAAGUUUUACUAAUAAUGCUUUAAAAAAAUUACAAGAAUUUUGUGAACAACUACUAUAAAAACUGAAAUUUUUGUGAUUUGUUGAUAGUUUACUAAUUUUUCUUAUGUUAAUAAAAUAAAAAAAAACAUGUGUCUAUUUUCUAA